AGCACCUGGGCCAUCCUCCACUGCACUCCCUGGCCACAGCAGAGGGCUGGCCUGGAAGAGGGGCAACCGGGACAGAAUCCGGCGCCCCGACCAGGACUAGAACCCGGUGUGCCGGCACCGCUAGGCGGAGGAUUAGCCUAGUGAGCCGCGGCGCCGGCCCAGCAAUUACUUCUUGAUUCUCAGUUUUCCUAUCUAGACAAUGGAGGAAAAAAAACAUGGCUUUGUCCAAGAUGUGGUUGAUUCUAAAUAUGGCAAAAAUUCAGUAAAAGAUAUUUAAGCACAUCUCAUUAAACUUAUUACAAAUUGAAGUUCAUAGAAGUACCAUGGGCAAGAUAAAUGGAUGACAUCAGGAAGAAUUGAUGUCACAAAGUACAUAACCAGAGGAGAUAGAACAGUACCUGCUUAUUCUCUCAGACUCAUUACUGCUACAAAUAUUCUCAUUCUUGUUUCUCUGUUCCUACCCGAUUAAGACAACAUUAUCAUUUUCCACACAGGUAUUCCUAACUUCCCGCUAUACACAUGGAAGGAAUACAUCCUCACUUUGGACUAACAGUAGACACUGACUAGAUUUUUCUGGACUUCACUUGUUAUUUUCCAGGAGAGAGAAACUCAUUCCACCAGGAAGACAAAUAACAACCUUAAGAAAGAUAAAUUUUUGAAAGAUAGCUAUGAUUAUGUAGCACUGACAUAGCUCUAAAGGAUCAGUACUUUGGAUUCAAUACAAGAUUACUCUUUUCUACCAUACUGGACCUUCCACCUUUCUGUCCAUAUAGAAGCUCUCAGAUGCCAACCAGGAUGCUGUCAUCCCCAUCCUUUGUCAACAUCUCUUUCUUCCAGCCACCUGCUUUCCUCAUGAUUGGCAUCCCAGGCAUGGAGGCUGUUCAUGGCUGGAUCUCCAUCCCCUUCUCAUCCAUGUACAUGAUGGCCCUCACUGGAAACUGCCUGAUCCUCCAGGCUAUAAGGAAGACCCCAAAUCUACACCAGCCCAUGUACUACUUCCUCUCCAUGCUGGCCCUCACUGAUGUGGGCCUCACCUUGUCUACACUGCCCACCACCCUGGCUGUGCUCUGGUUUGACCAUCGACUCAUUGGCUUCAAUGCAUGCUUGGUCCAGAUGUUCUUCUUGCACUUCUUCUCUGUGGUGGAGUCCUCAGUGCUCCUGGCCAUGUCAUUUGACCGCUUUGUGGCCAUCUCCAGCCCCUUGCACUAUGUGUCUGUCCUCACAGAUAAUGUCAUCAUCAAGAUGGGGCUGGCCAUAGUGGCUCGAGCCACUGUGUCCCUCUUCCCUUUGCCAUUUUUGCUGAAGCGACUGAACUAUUGCCCUGGCAAGAUCCUCUUGUCGCAUUCAUUCUGCUUCCAUGCAGAUGUCAUGAAACGGGCCUGUGCUGACAUUACUGUCAACAUCCUUUAUGGGCUAUACGUGGUUCUGUCCACAAUGGGUGUAGACUCCUUGCUUAUUGUACUGUCCUAUAUCCUUAUUCUUCAUACAGUGAUGGGUCUGGCCUCUCCCAAGGAACGUUUACGGGCCCUCAACACCUGUGUAUCUCAUUUCUUAGCCGUCCUGGUUUUCUACAUCCCAGUCAUAGGUGUGUCCAUGAUCCACCGAUUUGGGAGGCACCUUCCACACAUUGUGCAUGCUCUUGUUGCCUAUGUGUACCUGGUGGUGCCUCCUGUGCUCAACCCCAUCAUCUACAGCGUGAAAUCCAAGCCCAUCAGGAGGGCCAUGCUCAGAGUGAUGAGACUCAAAUGCCAACAGUGA